CGACAAUGAAAGGGGUGGUGGGUGGUUGGUUGGCUCUGUCGCACGUGCGCCGCAUGCCGCAUGUCUAUUGUUUACUAGAAAAGAAAUAAUGGUGGUGUAUUGUUGCCAAGGUUUUUCAUGAUUUUUAAAUAUUUUCCACAUUUUAAAGAUUAUCAGUGGACUAAUAUUGGUAAUUUGAAUAGUAUUUUUAUAAAAUUGAACCAACAUGGUUAAUUUUUGUUCUGCCUAUGGAUGCAGCAAUGAGUACAAUCCACUAAAGCCAAUUUCUUUUUUCAGCUUUCCAUUCAAACGUCCUGAAAUACUUGAUGGUUGGAUUAAAGCCAUUAGGCGAGAAAACUGGAAACCUUCAAUGUCAAGCAGACUUUGUUCUGAGCAUUUUGUACCAUCAGAUUUCCUGGAAAGAUUGGGAUCUAUAAAAAAAGUGCUUAAACCUAAUGCCAUUCCAAGUAUUUUUUCAUUCUCUGAACAUCUGCAAAAAAAACCAAUGGGGCUCCGAAAGAAAAUUUUAAAAAUGGAACUUGAUAGCUGUGAUCCAAUAGACAUUGAUUUAAUCCAGACUCCACUAGAAUCCUGUCCAUCAGCUUCAACUACUCCCUUGACUACCCCUCAAAGAACAUUUACUGAUUGUGGAAUUCAGUGUUCUAUCAUAGAACCAAGAAGUGCAGAUCGCGAAAAAUUCAGCAAAGAAAUAAAAACCCUUAAGCAAAAGGUGCGAAGGAAAGAUAUAAAGAUUAAAAAUAUGAAAGAAAUUAUCAGAGAACUUAAAAAAACUGGUAAUAGUAGCGAAGGCUUGGAUACUGUAUUGAGAAAGUAUUUUCAUUUUUGAAAGGCUACCUCUGGUGCUUGUCCGCGGGGCUAACGGUGAGCCCGUCGGCAGGCGCAAACGGAAUCGUAACGUCAAGUUUAUAAAUGGGCCUUUAUUCUUUUCUUGUUUACUUUAUGAGAUCUAAGGGCAGGUGGAAUAACAACCCCGGCACAUAGCAAUUGAAAUGGGCUCUAAGACAGUUACUUAUUGCUUAGAAAUUUGAUAAAACCAAGUUGCAAUGUUAACUCUGCAGUGAUAUGGAGACGAAUAGUACUCCAGCUUUCAAUUUCUGAUCUUAUAAAAGGGAACAAGGUCAGCCAAAAUCCUGUAAUGAAACUGAAAAUAGGGAAGAAAUGGUAGGCUACUUAGAAUUGUCAGAUUUUAAAGAACAUAUUUUAUAUUACAUUGCAGGUUAUAUGUAUAGUGAGAUACUCAGAUGUGAGAUCUCUUAUAAAACAAAGUCUCUGCAAUUACUGUUACUAUUUUUCUGUUUGUAUUGAUUAUUACAAAAGUUUUUGUAUAAUAAAAAGUAUAAAUGAGCACAAUAAAUCCUUGUCCGCCUACAGUAAUGCGUAAGACAAAGACGGCCACACCUUUUUCUCUUCUAUUAAGAAAUCUGCCUCAGGCGUGAUAUAGUAUUUUCCUACGAGCGUGCGGAAAAAGCUCUUUUUCCGCACGCGUUGGCCUGCGGAAAAAGGUAAUUUUUCCGCAUGUCGUCGCGUCCUGAAUGAAGAAAUACCCACAAUAGGCAAGCAAUGGUGAAUUGUGAAUGUACAGGGUGGUCCAAAUUGGACACUUUCUUAUGGAAACACCCUUUAUUUUUAGAGAUAGAAAAAAAUGAGCCCCCUACUCUGAUGCUCAAAUCUUAUGAAAUUUUGAUUGGUGCACACCGCAAUUUGAUAUCUUCAACGGUUUAGCCGCUAGAGGGCGAACAUUAUGUCUUAUGACAAAAAUCGAAAUAAUUUUUUUCUCGAAAACCGUUGGAGAUAAACCUAUCGAAUUUUAUAUCAUUGAAAUCAGCAAAAGCAGAGCUUUUCAAUAAGCUAUUAAUAAAUAGGAUGUCCUAUUGAAAAAAAUCGGAUUUUGGUCAAUAUCUCGGAGCCGGAGCCAAAUAGAAAAAAGUUGAGAACGUCACUGAAUUCCUCUUAAAAAAGUGCUUCCAGAAAGUCUUUACAGAAAUGAAUUAUUUUCAUAAAUGAAAAAGUUAUGAAGGUUUCACAGCAUUGCUCAAAAUCGAGAAUCGCCCUCUAGCGGCUAAACGGUUGAAGAUAUCAAAAUGCGGUUUGCACCAAUCAAAAUUUCAUGAAAUUUGAGCCUCAGAGUGGGGAGGGCUCAUUUUUUUGUAUCUUGCUCAAAAAUUGACGUUUCCUAUUAAAAGUGUCCAAAUUGGCCCACCCUGUACAAUUUUCAGCAGAUUGUGAAUUUAGCAAAAGCAAAUGUUAAACAAAUGUUGCAGAUUCUAUCGGGUCUUCGAAAUAAAACCCAAUCAAAGAUUGCUAUGGUUUAUUGAACGUUUUGGUGAAAUGUAAGCUAAUGUGCCUGGGCUGGGCUAUAAUCUUUACCAGAUCCCAAUGAUAGGUACGCCUCAAAUUUGGUUCACACUGUAUGUACUUUGGAGGAAAAUUCUUCUCCUAAAUACACAAUACUCUUUUAUUGUUUAGGUAAAUAAUUUCGCGACAAAACAAAUAAUUAAAUUGAGAAAAAUCAAAGAAAUAUUUAUUUUAAUAAAAAAGAGGUAGUAUCACAACAAUUUAGAUUUUAAAAUAAAAAAUUAAAUAUAACUGCUAUCCAUGCGUUCGGUAUUUUGAUCUGAGUUUAUUUGAAAAGUUUACUCAAUGCAGGCUCAUUCGCGUUCCUUUAUUAAAAUUCGGGCACUCUGAUACAGCUUUCAACUGCUUUGUUCGCUCGCUGAUCACGUGAUUACGGCUCCGCUCAGCACGCUCUGCUUUUUGAGCAAAAUACCGAACACAAAGUAUGUAAUAACAUCGGCUGGAAAAAAAUUAUACACAACUUUUUUUUUUUGAUAAUACAAAAUAAUAUACAUAAUGUAAAUAAAUAUACAUAUUCUCAAAAAAAUCAAUGUAUAUUAUAAAAUGCGUUUUUAUAUUAAAAUUUGAAUUUAAUAAAUUACCAUAAUAAUAUAUUAUAAACUUUAUCAACUAAGUACAUAAUUCUAUUAUUUACGUAGGUGUCGUGUUUACAUUAAUAACAACAAUAAAUUAAUUAUUUAUUUAAAGGGCAAUUUGAAAAACUAAAGGACCCAUUUCUUAACCAACAACUGUUUAGUUUCUGUUAUUCUUUAUACCUGUGCUAAAACCACAAACAUUUACAAUCAUUUUCUCGUGUCUUGGUUAGUGUCUUUCCUAGUAGUGAAAAACAUACAAUAUGAAUAACAUAAUAACUGUAUUUUGAACAUUGGUGAAGAAAUCGGUCCUAAGAAUAUCAUUAAGGUAUUUUUCUUAAAAAAAAACUAAUCAUAAAGAAGUUAGAUCUUUAUAAAUCACUAUUAUUGAUCACAAAUUGGUCUUAUACUAGGAUCUAAAGUGUUAAAUAAGUACUGGUCAGAUUGGAUUAUUUACUAAGUGCAAUAUGGGCCAUAUCCUAGAGUAGCCAGACAUUUAACACUUUUUAAAAAAUUAAUUUUUCAAACUGCCUGGCAAUAUUUUUAAUGACUACUAUAACUGACAUAGUUGGACCAUAUUUUCACCCUUAUCAUAAUCUGGUGCCAUCAAAGUGGUUCACUCAAAACGUUCCACUGCAUCCAAAAACACUGUGUUUUAGAUCAAUUAAAAGAAAAAUAUUGCAUUAAAAAAUCCAAACAAUUGACUAAUUUUGAAUGCCCUGGGUUAAUUUCAAAUUAUGUCAGUUACAGGCUAGCCAGUCGAUUACUUAAUUUACCUAAAUUACUUCCUACCACUAUCAGAAUCUUCAAAUUCUUCAGUCCAUCUCAGUUCCGUGCUCCUUUGCGGACUUUCUCGCCCAUUAUUAACGCAACUAAAAAAGUCAUCAUCAAAUGGAUCGUUCUCCCUAGCAAAUAUAUUUACAGAUCCAGACUUUUUCAAAUUGACAUCAGUCCUGCAUGAAGAUAACCGACUUUUGUUGUUUAAUAUUUUCUUUCGGCUGUUUGGUGGGAUAUUUAGGCUUGUAGCUCCGAAAGAAUCUUCCUCCUCCUCAGCCAGAUCCGGUUCUUCUUUUAUGCUGGAAAUUCCGUUGCCUUCCGGUGCAUCGGAUUUUUCGCUUGGUGAAAAAUCGUCUUCGAACGGACUCUUAGGUUUAGGCGGAAACCUGGGAGAGGAUUUGGAUUCUUGGAACGACUCGCCACGGCGAUCUUUGAGGGAUUUUUCCAAGCGCAUGCUGGUUUUAUCAAACAUACUUUGCUGCC